AUGCCAGAGAGGCUAGUGGCUCUCAUGAAGAACGAUCUGGUGGACCUCUCAGCCUUCGACAGGGGGGAUUUCCAAGAUUGGAACGUUGUCAGGCCGCAGCAGCAAUGGCCAACCGUGACCCCGGAUUGGGAGAAAUGGCUGCCGAGGAUGGAGCAUUUCUUCGGCCAGCAAUGGAAGGAUCAAGGCAUCUACCACUUGAUCAAGCUGUUCGAUCAGCCGCUCAUCAUGGACCGGUCUCUUCUGGUCGCGACCCUGUGCUUCUGGUCGUCGGCCACCAAUACCAUGAACUUUCGGUUCGGUAUGAUGACGCCGACCGUUCUGGACAUGGCCGCUCUGUUUGGCCUCUCUCCCCUCGGCGUGGAAGUAAACGCCGCACUUGUUGCUCCCGAGGUGGAAGGGAGCUUUAAAGCCGCAUGGCCUACUCUUACGAGAGUCGCCGGGAGCAAGGCGAAGAAUAUGCUCAACUAUUCCAGUUUCUACGGCAACUUCGGCGUAGAGGACAACGCCGAAUAUGACGCUAUCGCCCCCCUCGGCGAAGUUGAGCACGCCGCAUUCUUGCUGUACUGGCUGUGCAAGUUUGUGUUAUGCACCCAGGCGAACAAGGUCAUCCUGGAGUUCGCCCACUUGGCCGAUUACCUUGCGCAAGGAGGAAGAUUAGCACUCGGCCCAUUCCUGCUCGGCCACAUCUACCGCACGCUUCAUGACAUCGUCACUGAUGGGAUGAAGCCGAAGCACGGCGAUCCACUGUGGGCCUUUCAAUUCUGGCUGCAGGCUUACUUCCCAGAGCUGAGGGGAGUGGCCAAUAUCAGUGACACCGAGCCGCUGGCCAAUGCAUUUUCCCGGGCCCACAGGAAACAUCAUACCUCGGCCUUCUGCUACAAGUUCUUCUAUGGCCUGGUCGAGAGAACGGGUACGCAGUUCCGUAUCUGCCUUACUUGGUCGUUUCCACUGUUCUUGACGCACGACCUCUUUGUCAUCCCUGAUGGCGAGACAGAGAAUGACUUGAAGGAGAUCUGGGGAUCCUUCCUCGUUUCGCGCGAUCUCCACUGCGGCCUGUCCAAGGCCGGGGCCGAGAUUUACCUGCCGAACUUCAUGGCGCGGCAAUUCGGCCUGAUCCAGACGGCCCCGCUUCCCCCUUUGUCCACGAACCGGCUCUCGUCCUGGAGGGCCGACGUCACCCAGUAG